AUGCUCCCCGCGCUUCCCCUAGCCCGGCAAAAUUCGUCGGCCUUCACCCUCCCUCACCCUUCGCCUUCGGCCCAUACACGCACCAGCUCGUAUCGACUGACGUCAAAGCAUGAUCGGGAGAGAUCACUGGGGUCUGCGUCCCGGCCAAGUGAAGAAGCGGAUGAAGGUGAGGAGGACGAGGAUCUCAGACGCGAGCUCGAGAUGGAGAUGGAGGAGCAGGGAGGCGAGGGAUUGGAGAGGGAAAGAGGAUUGGAAGAUACGCUGGAGAAGCUGGGAAUGGGAACGUAUCAAUGGAGAUUACUUGCAUUAUGCGGGUUUGGCUGGAUGAGCGAUAAUUCUGCCCUAACCUGUAUCGCUGUUAUCCUACCACGAGUCCAGAUACAUUUCAACCUCUCGCACCAGGUCGUUGGCUUCCUCUCUGCCUCUACCAUGGCCGGAAUGAUGGUAGGCGCUAUAGGCUGGGGGUCGAUCUCGGACAUCCUGGGACGAGCUCUUCCCUUUCGAACCACAUUAGCUCUCACAUCGGUCUUUGGAAUAGGAGCGAGCUUUUCGCCGAACUUCGGGGUUCUGUGCUGCUGGAUGUUCAUGCUGGGCAGUGCGGUUGGAGGAUCUAUGCCAACAGAUGGAACGCUUUUCCUCGAGAACCUGCCACAUAGCAAGCAGUACCUCCUCACCCUGCUCUCCGUCUUCUUCUCCCUCGGCGCAGUCUUAUCGUCCGUCAUUAGCUAUACCUUCCUCCCGGGCGCUAGUUGCUCUCAGUACGAGGGGUGCGACAUCGCCGGUAAGGCGAACGAUGGCUGGCGCAGAGUACUGCUUGCACUUGGCGUGGUCAAUAUGGUCUGCGCCCUAGCCCGCUGGUUUCUAUUCCGCCUUCAUGAGUCACCUCGAUAUUUGGUGACACACGGCCGCGAGCAAGAAGCUGUCGUUGCUCUCCGUUCCAUUGCGACCUACAAUGCCCACACUAUCGACAUCACGCCCGCGGAUGUCCUCAUGCCUCACGCUAGCCCGUCUCAGAGCAUGAGUCAGCGAUCACUUGCACGAGACAAGAAGAACUCGGAACUACCCUCACCCUCUCAUGAGGCGGAUGAGCUCUCUCCCGUCGGAUCAGCAGUGGCCCCUCCACCCAGGAAAUCGCCAAUACGGCUCGGCUCGGCGUUUUACUCGGCAUCCCAUGCUGGAUCACCUCUGGAUACGACGACGAACGCGUUCGAGCGAUCAUUUGCCGAUGCCGCCAUUCGAAGCGGACAGUCCGUCGACGAAGAAGCAGGAGAGGGAGCACCGGACGAGGCAGAGGCGGAUGUGGAGGGGGCGUUGUUACCGGAAAAGUCGACGGUGGGACAACGUGCGGGGCGCGAAGCACGGAAAGUCGGAAGAUGGGCAAGAAAACCGACAGAGUGGUGGAGAAGCUGGAUGACGCAGAUGGCGAAGCUUUUUGUACCAAAAUGGAGAAGAACGGUCAUCUUGAUGUGGAUCAUUUGGGGAUCUAUGUCUUUCUCAUAUACGAUGUUUAACGUUUGGUUACCUGCUGUUCUGGAGAGUCGAGCGGAGGGUGAAGGGGACGAGGUGAUCAAGAUGGCGCUGAGGGAGUUCAUGCUAUAUGCUGUUGCUGGAUGUCCAGGAUCAAUUCUUGGGGCAUGGAUGAUCCAGACCCGUCUCGGGCGUCGCAAGUCGCUCGCUAUCUGCACAGCCGCAACCGGAAUAGCAACUUUUGCAUUCUUGGCUGUGACCAGCAAUUUAGCAGUGAUCAUCAGCUCGAUGUUGAUCAGUACGGCCGCAACGGCUAUGUACGCUGUUCUCUACGGGAUGACGCCAGAGACCUUUGGCACCGCCAUCCGAGGUACCGCAUGCGGCACGUCCGCCGCCCUGAGUCGGCUGACAGGUGUGAUGGCACCGAUCUCGGCUGGGUUCUUACUCUCCGUCUCGCCAUCCCUACCUGUCUUCACCUCCGCUUCCAUCUUCUUCAUCGCAGCAGGCUGCAGCUUGGCCUUACCAUUUGAGCGGAUAACCGAAGGGAAAGGGGGUGGGGCGGUCAUGGCUCACUAG